AUGUCUUCGAGUGAAAGAAUCGGAUUACUUGCAAGCUCUGGAAAUGGAAGGGAUCCAACAGGCCCCAAUUCCACGGAUAGUCCCAAGGACAAAAGUAGCGGCACCAACAGUAGUACCAGACUAGCGAUUUUCAUUGCAUAUGUCGGUAUGCCCCUGUUCUUACUGGGCUCGUUCACAAUAGCUAACAACACCAGGGCAUUUCUUGCUAGCUCUGACGAGUCAGUCGUCAUCGCGACCUACGAUGUCAUUGCUUCCGAGUUCCAUGAACUCGCCAAAGGCCCAUGGCUAGUCACCGGCUAUAAUCUGGGCUACUGCAUUGCAUUACCGAUUGGCGUUUGCUGGUCGGUUGCCACUCAUUGUGCUCUGUUUGGUUCUGUCCCGCGUAUACUUCCCAGACCACCACGAAGAGCCGCCGAGCCCCAAACUUCCAACGGGGGUAAUAUCAAGCAACUUGGUUACCUGGGCAUUGCUACCUAUGCAACUGCGGUCGUGGCUUUGUUGAUGGCCAUCACAAUUGCAGGCCAGGAAGGCGGCAAGAUGUCCCACAUCGAUUUUUGGUUGGUGAUCUUCACCACUUGCAGCAAUCUUCUUAUCUUGCACGAGAUUCUGUGGACGAAAAGACCGCUGGUGCCUCUAAAGCUGGCUACCAAAGGUAUCGAUCAAUAUUGGUUGGUGGAGCUACUGAUCUUCAGCGGGAGAUAUGGGCUUGUUGCUACUAUAACUCAAUACCCCACCCAAGUGAAGCGUCUUUCGGAGGCUACGGCUCCAAUGUACCUCGUUCUCUGCACGAUGGGACUUGCAGUCGGGUCCAUGGCUUCCGGCUUCGCCAUCCAGCGCAUCCUCUCAUCAGUCCUCCUCUUUUUCUCUUGGCAUUUCGACCAUCCGGUCGCGGAGUCUUUGUUGGUGAUUCCCAUGAGUACGCCGAUUGGCAUCAUCACCGCCGGUGAUUUUAUCGACAUGUCCAGUCGCGCGCCGCCAGAGGUUCUGGCGUCUUCGAUUGGAGCAUACCUCAGCCAGCAGCUGGGUUUGAUUGUGGGCGCAGCAAUGGGACCCUUGGUCGUGAGAACUGGGUUCAAGCACGACAUUGCCGGGCGGCUGAACGAGUCAGUGGAAAAUGAGGUCAUCCGCAAUGUGCUUCGCGAUGCCAAGUACGUCGAUACCCUACCGGAAGAUAACCAGAGAGUAGUCCGUUCCUCCUUGGGCUGCGGAUAUCAAUUCGUACCAGUACUUGCAACGGUCACUGUUGCUCUCUGUGUGCCCAGCCUGGUGUGGACGCGCGAACAAUCGGUGGAAUAA